AUGUCGACCCUUGAGGACCUCGACGACCUGGAGCGCGAGCAGAAAGACAAGAGACAAGAUCAAGGAGAUGGCGAUGGCAAGAAGCCCGAGGGGGACAGUGAUGCCGAAAUGAAGGACGCGGACAAAAACAACGAAGAGGAGGAGCUGCUAGACGACGAGAUUCUCCACUCAAGCACGGCAGACAUCGUCAAGCGACGACGGAUGCUGGAGAACGAGAUGCGGAUCAUGAAAAGCGAAUUCCAGCGGUUGACACACGAGCAGAGUACAAUGCGGGAAAAGGUCAAGGAUAAUCAAGAGAAGAUUGAGAACAACAGACAACUACCAUACCUCGUUGGAAACGUUGUUGAGCUAUUGGAUCUCGAUGUGGAAGAGGAGGCCGCAGAGGAAGGCGCCAACAUCGACCUGGACGCUACUCGCGUGGGCAAAUCUGCGGUCAUCAAGACAUCGACCCGCCAGACUAUUUUCCUUCCGCUUAUCGGCCUCGUCGAUCACGAGAAGCUCAAGCCCGGGGAUCUAAUCGGUGUCAACAAGGACUCAUAUCUCAUCCUGGACACACUACCCGCCGAGUAUGACAACCGGGUGAAGGCGAUGGAGGUUGAUGAGAAGCCCACGGAAAAGUACACAGAUAUCGGAGGCCUGGACAAGCAGAUUGAGGAGAUCGUCGAAGCCAUCGUAUGGCCGAUGAAGGAGGCGGAGCGGUUCAAGAAGAUUGGCAUCAAGGCGCCCAAGGGUGCUCUGAUGUACGGACCUCCCGGAACGGGUAAAACGCUACUGGCACGAGCCUGUGCGGCCGAGACGAACGCGACAUUCCUCAAGCUGGCCGGCCCGCAACUGGUGCAGAUGUUCAUUGGUGACGGUGCCAAGCUGGUGCGCGACUGCUUUGCGCUGGCCAAGGAGAAGGCGCCGUCGAUCAUCUUCAUUGACGAGCUGGACGCGGUGGGCACCAAGCGAUUCGACUCGGAGAAAUCUGGUGAUCGUGAAGUGCAGCGGACUAUGCUGGAGCUUCUGAACCAGCUGGACGGUUUCGCCUCGGACGACCGAAUCAAGGUCCUGGCCGCCACCAACCGUGUGGAUGUUCUCGACCCGGCACUGCUGCGUUCCGGCCGUCUGGACCGCAAGAUCGAGUUCCCCUUGCCCAACGAAGAGGCCCGUGCCAACAUCCUGCAGAUCCACUCGCGCAAGAUGUCCGUGGAAGACAGCGUCAACUGGGCCGAGCUUGCCCGCAGUACCGACGAGUUCGGAGGUGCCCAGCUCAAGGCUGUUUGUGUCGAGGCUGGUAUGAUCGCCCUGCGGAAGGGCUCAAGCAAAAUUGGCCACGAGAACUACGUCGAUGCCAUCGCCGAGGUCCAGGCCAAGAAGAAGGAUACCAACAUGGGCAUCUAUGUCUAA